AUGGAUUUCAAUUUCAAUUAUCACCAUGUUAACAACAACAACCACAACCAACAGGAAAUACAUUUACCUCCAGGCUUCCGUUUUCACCCCACUGACGAAGAACUUAUCACUUGUUACCUUCUCAAGAAAGUUCUCGACAGUAAUUUCACCGGUAGAGCCGUUACUGAAGUUGAUCUUAACAAAUGCGAGCCUUGGGAGCUUCCUGAGAAAGCGAAGAUGGGGGAGAAAGAAUGGUUUUUUUUCAGUUUGAGGGAUAGGAAGUAUCCGACGGGAUUGAGGACAAAUAGGGCAACUGAGGCUGGGUAUUGGAAGGCGACGGGGAAGGAUCGGGAGGUUUAUAGCACAAAGACUUCUUCUUUGGUGGGUAUGAAGAAAACCCUAGUUUUUUAUAGGGGUAGAGCUCCUAGAGGAGUUAAGAGUAACUGGGUUAUGCAUGAGUAUCGUCUUGAAGGCAAGCUUGCCUACCAUUAUCUCUCUAGGAGCUCCAAGGAUGAGUGGGUAAUAUCACGGGUAUUCCAGAAAAGCGGCCCCGGAGCAGUACCCAUGUCAGCCACCGCCGGCAGUAGCGGCAGCAACAAGAAGAGUUCCUAUAACCGUUUAAUGAUAAACACUUGUCCUCCAAAUUUCUACCAGUCUGACGUCAGCUCUCCGUCAUCAGUUUCUCUCCCCGGCCUUCUCGACCCUUCAUCCUUCCAUGCCGCCACCGCCUCCUCCGCCGCCGAUUCUUACACCGACUGUGGUGUGAGUGUCGCCGUCGCCGCUGCCACCGCCAACGCCAACGCCGUCUCAAAAGAGCACGUGUCCUGUUUCUCCACAAUGCCUAUUAAUAGCUUUAACCCUAAUAAUGGUAACUUUGAUCAUCUCCUUCCUCUUCCAACUUUACCAAUCCAAAUGCCGUAUUAUCUACCGCCGCCGCCGCCUUCAUCGUCUUUUAGCCACGGAAGUUAUGGAACAACAGCACCGGCCGGUGAACUGCCGGGAAAUCAAAUGAUGGGUGGUAGUAGUAUGGGACCCACGGAGCUUGAUUACAUGUGGACAUUUUAA